GUGCCUCGAUGCGCGCGCCCCCGCUUAGGGUGAGGUCACCCUUUGAACCAGCCGGCGCCGCCUAAACCUGUUUUCGCGCGCUCCCUCCGCCAUUGCGUUGCCCGCGUCGACUUCGCCGCGCUGCUGUGCGGGCGUCCUCGAAACGCUGCUGCGUUCGCGCGGCUUUCAUCGGCGUAGAAUGCCUGGAUGUUGUGUUCCUCAGUGCUCCAACCAUUCGAGAAAUGGUUGGAGGAUGUUCCAUUUUCCAAGGGACCCAAAAAGGCGGCUUCUGUGGCUGGUGCGAGUCAAGCGUGACAAGUGGCAACCGACGAACUCCUCGUGUGUCUGCAGCGCUCAUUUCGAAGCCAGCAGCUUCGAACAGAACCGCGCGGAUGGGUGGAAGAAGCUCAAGCCUAAUGCUGUACCAACGGUGUUCCCAUUCAAAGAACUUCCUAAAGAGCGAAGGCCACCAAGGGAACGAAAUGCACACGUGCCUGCAUUAUUCAGUGACGACGCAGCCGCACACAAUUCUUCACGAGAAGUGAGAAACGUUCUUCCCUCAACUACGCAGGAAUUUUCUCCCGCUGAUUCUUCGUCAGACGGGGAGAUAAAUGAGAGAUUGGCGGCUACGGAAACCAACAAUGCUAAUGGGCAACUUACUUCGACCCCCAGGGAUGCACGGCUUCAAGAAACUGCAAUAGUUACUGCGACCCAACCCCUCGAUUCUGAGGCAGCUGAGCUUAGGAAGAAGAUUGCAGAUCUCACAGCAGCCAAUAAUAAGCUUAGACAACAUCAUAACGAAUCUAAGAACACUGUCAAAAAACUACAGAUGCAGGUACGCAAGCUGCAGAAAGAGGCAACUAAUUUCUCACGAAAUACGAAGUUUUUAAAUGAAGACCAAAUUCGUGCUCUUUCUCGGAACAACAAUCAUGGUAAUUCGUGGUCAGCGCAAACAGUAAAGCAAGGUCUAAAAAUUAAAUUUGCUUGUGGAACCACCGGGUAUGAAACACUCAGAAAGAUUGGCUACCCUCUUCCAUCCAGCAGAACGUUAGCAAGAAGAAUUCAGGGCCUGAAGUUUCUGCCAGGUAUCCUGCAUGAAGUGAUCGACGUCAUGAGGUCGAAAGCAGAGGGAAUGGAGGACGUGGAGAAAGACUGCGUUCUCUUUUUAGAUGAAAUGGAGAUAGCACCCGGAUUUGAACUCGACCGUGGCGAAGACGUGCUUCUGGGAGGAACGACGUUGCCCUCAAAGCCUGAAGAGCCAGCCAAUCAUGCUUUGGUGUUUAUGCUAGUGGGUCCUAUACAACCACCCUCAAAACACGGGAACCGGUACAUUCUGACCCUUAUGGAUUAUGCAACCCGCUAUUCGGACGCCGUGGCGCUACCCAGCAUAGAGACAGAACGAGUGGCCGUAGCCCUGGUUGAGAUGUUCUCCCGAUUUGGCGUCGCCAACGAGGUGCUGAGUGAUCGGGGCACAAAUUUCACGUCGGACCUGAUGAUGGAGGUGGCUCGGCUUCUUUCCGCACGCCAGCUCCAUACCUCCCCAUACCAUACCCGGACCAAUGGCAUGGUGGAAAGGCGCCUGAACAACGUCCUGGUGGCCGAUUCCGGACCCAUGACUAGGGCCGACGCGGUCUUCGCAACGGUCGGGGAGAAGAGGUAUUUUUCCAACCUCGACUUUGUGAAGGGCUACUCGCAAAUCCCGUUGUCGGAAGAACCCAGGGCAAAGACGGGCUUCUCAACAACAUCCGGACUGUAUCAGUUCCGCUUUAUGCCUUUUGCCAUAAAGACGGCCCCUGCGGUGUUUGCAAAAUUGACGCGGAAUGUUGCGGAAGGUGUACCUGGUGUGGAACACCGCUACGACGAUGUACUCGUGGCCACCGAAACAUGGGAGGAACAUCUGAGGUUCCUGGAGCUACUUUUUAAGACCAUCGAGGCGGCCGGGCUAACAGUGAGCCCCUGUAAGUGUGAGUUUGGGAUGUAG